AUCGGGGGCCGGCAAAUAGAACAGUAUCAUUCCCCCCAAAGUCCCGGGGAGAGAGAGAGGAGAGCGGGGCGAGAGGGCAGUAGUGGACUGGUCGGGCAGGCCCUGACCAUGACGAUGCAUCCCCGAGCAGCAUGGAAUGGGUUGAGGAGCGUCGGGUUGCGUCGGGUUCGGGUCGGCGGGGCGGGGAGGUUCGGGGCGGGGAGCAGACGGACGGACGGACGGACAUCAACUUGUAAUUAGACCGGCGUAUGGAAUCCCUAGGGCCCCUGUCCGCCCGUCCGCCGGCCCGUCCGAUCCUCUUCUCCUUUUGGUCCCCGGCGGGCUGGAGGGGGGAAGGACACAUCCCGGGGUUGUGGGGUCCUCCGUGCCGUCCGAGCCCCCUGAGCCCUUGUUCAGUCCGUGACCGCCCGCCCUCAGCACCGCACGCCCAGCUCACCAUGGCAGUCCGAGCAGCGUCCCUCUUCAGGGCCACGGCGGCGUUGGCGCUUCUGCUUUCCCUGUGCGCCGCGCCCUCCCACGGCUUCUGGUUCUCCACGUCGGCGCGGUCCAAGUCGCAAGCGCCCCAGUGGUUUGGCAUCCGGGACUACGGCGCACCCUCGCAGGCGGCCUACAGCUACGACUCCUCGGGCGGCGUCACUGUCGCCGUGCCCGUCGCCGUGCCCCUGUCGCCCCAGCAAGUGCAGGUGUCGCCGCCGUACCCGGGGCUCGGCGCCGUGCAGCUGGUGCCGUGCCUGUGCCCCAUCUCCAAGGACCCGGAGAACGUCCAGUCGUUGCCGCCCAUGUCGCAGCAGCAGGGCCCGUCCUACGCGCCGCUGCCGCCGCAGAUGUCCAUGGCGCACCCGCAGAUGGUGCCGCUGCCGCCGCAGAUGCAGCAGAUGCAUCAGAUGCAGCAGGUGCAGCUGCACCCCAUGCCGCCCCCGCUGCAUCAGCACCAGCACCAGCAGCAGCAGUCCGCUCCCACCCAAAGCCCGCAGUCGCAGCAACAGCAGCAACAGCAGCAGCAACAACAGCAGCCCUCAAAUUGACUAGAUCCCAGCAAACCGAAACCGACAAGAAACCCGCGAGCAGCGAAGCAUGAGGUGAUCAAAAACACAUUGUAAAAGUUUUGAAGCGGCGAACAAUCACUAAUGUGAAUAUUUAUUGUAAUUAUUUUAAGACUGAUUUUGUACAUUAAGACUGACUCUAAAUAAAGUACAUAUUACUCUAAGCUGCA